UGUAACAAAUCGCUUGUAAAUAUAAACACACAGGAGUUUUUUCAUUUUCUUUGUCAGAGAAUAAUCUACUUUUCUAAUAAUCUGACUCUGAAAUUUACCGUGAACAUUGGAUGCUUAGUUUGUGUUAGCAGAAGAGGAUAUUUUCAACAAAUUCCUAAGAGUUAUGGAGUAAUACAAAACCUUGAUUGCAACCAUGCCAUUCAUGGCAUUAUUCCGUCGUAAUCCUCGCUCAAAUGGCUACGGGCCAUUGAGUAUCAACUCCUCCGCGGAUGAUGACUACACACACGACGACUCACUGAUCCUGAAUGGUGCUCUUAGCGAUGACUCCAAUCCGAACCAUGUGACAAAUGGUUUUACUUCGGGUGCUGGGGUUGAUUCUAGAUCCCGUUGUCCUGGCCGUUGUGGUUGCUGUAAAAACAUUACAUGUACUCCCCGAAGCAUCCUCGACUUUCUCUUGACGAAUGUUGCCAUUUCUAUGAUUACUAUCAUCGUUGGUGUUGCAGUACCUUUGGCUCUUGGUUGUUGGGCAUUGUUUUUGUUGAAACCAUCAAUGGUUAUUGACAAAUCGAUGAACUCAUUUACCAUACCAAACCACCAAGCUACCAAGAGAGCAGACGCGUUAUCAGUUGCCAUAUCACAUAUGAAUACUGGCUUAAACCUGAGGGGCAAGCGCAGCACGGACAAUAUAAUGGGCAAGGAAUUAUUUCUGGAUCAAAACAAGCCCCCUACAAGUGCUCGGCAUGAACUGUCUGAUAUUCUAAAUACUCUUGCAAUAAACAAUUCUCAAAGUGCCAUGAAAAGUGUUCUCAAUAACAUUCCCUUUAGUUCCACGACUGAUGAAAGAUCAAACCCUGUUAAAAGCAAACCGAAUAGAAAUUUCAACCACACCGUUAACAAAUUCGUGGAAAAGCCAGACAGGAAAAACAGCAUUCUGAGAGCUUCCAAACUAAAAUCAGCAUUGCCAAAUCAACCAGAGGAUGGUGAUAUAUCGAAUGCAAAAGGACAAAGUCCUGAAGUUGAUCGAGUUGAUGAUUUAUUGCAAGCAGAAGAUGUCUUUCCUGAAAUGUCCGAACCGAUUUCUGUCCAUCGGGAUAGGCGGAGCCUGCCGAGAGAGAAACGCAAUGGAGGCCUUAACUAUGUUUUCUCGUCACAACAACAAAAAUGGCAGAAGUGGCGUCUGCAAUUAGCAUAUGUCGCAACUGGUGAAGACAACCCAAACAUUUUCACCGAGGAGCGCCUGGCUACGAUUCACGAUGUGGAAAAGAAAAUCAUGGAACAUGCAGAGUUUCAGAACUUCUGCUGGAAAGAUUAUCGCAAGACAGAGCAGGACCCUACCCUUCUUCAAUAUAGCGGCUGUGCACCAUUGAAUUCGCUUCUGACGUACUUCUACCCGUCGAAGGACAGCUUUGGGAACAUUCACUAUGAUGGGCUGGGCGAUCAGAUUAUCAAUAUUGAUAGUGCCGUCAGAAAAGCCAUGGGUUUCCAAUCGUUUUAUUAUUUUGUUGGUGAUAUGUUCAAUAGAACUUUGAAGAAGGGUAGUCUGCUCCACACAGAGGUUUACUUUGGUGUGCCACUAAAAGGGUACUCAAACAGAAUGGACCAUGCUAAGGAGCAGUAUGAAAAAUAUAAGAAGUUUCUUAUCAGUUACAUUGAUAUACUGUCGAAGGCUUCAACCGAUAAAGUGAUUGUCCUCUAUGGUGGCAAUGAAAUCUUCGACUACGAGGUGGAGCAUUCAUUCUGGAGCGACAUGCGUCUCUCAUUCAUCAGCGUCUCGUUCAUCGCCCUCAUCGUGUUCAUCUUGACCUCUUUUUCAAUAUGGCUGACAGUGUGCGGCAUCACGAGUAUCAUACUGAGCUUCUUUUUGGCGUUAUUUUUCUAUCGGGCCGUCUUUCAGAUGAAUUCACUCGGAAUUCUGAACGGUGCAUCAGCUUUUGUGAUCAUUGGUAUAGGGGUAGACGACAUCUUUGUCUUCAUCAAUACAUUCCGGCAGAGUAGUCAUAUGAAGGAUCUGGCUGCGCGGAUGAAACACACCAUCUACACUGCGGGAAAGGCCACGUUUUUCACAUCAUUCACAACUGCAGCUGCCUUUGCUGCGAAUGUAGCCUCUUCUAUCCCAGCUAUCCAUGACUUUGGUCUAUUCAUGUCGCUAAUAGUUGGGUCCUGUUGGCUGAAUGUAAUAGUGAUCAUGCCGCCAGCCCUCAAUGUCUGGCAUCAUCUUUGUGUUAAAUGUGAAGGAGUAAUGUGUUCUUGUUGUAAAUGUAAGGGUCCUUGUAGUAGCCUGCACUUGCCUGAUGAUGUGAGAGAGUUUGUGAGUAGCAGUAGUAAUCAACUGGCUGCAGAGUGCCCACCUGAUACGGAGGAUGAUGAUGAUCUUGAUGUCCCUCUGAUGAGAAUCGAGGCUGAUACAUCAAAUGCUCUGUGGGGUGAAGAUGGAGAUGAAGAGUUGCUUCGUCUGGAGGCCGAGUUGGAAUCGCGUCACGACAAGGUGGAAGGCUGCAGUCUGACAGCCAGGAUUCAGGUCUUGGUGUAUCACUUCAUCGCAGUGCCUGUUGUCAAAGCCAGGUGGUUAAUCCUUGCCUUUUAUCUAAUGUUAUUAGUAGUCGCUGCUUGCCUCGUGAGUCAAAUCAAAACGGCUAGCAAACCACCGCAGUUCUUCAGACCAGAAUCGAACCUACAGCGUUUCUAUGACCUCAAGGCUAAUCUUAGUAUUGACGUGCUCAGCUGUGAUAGAUGCUCAGCUAUCUAUGAGGUUUCAAAGGCUGAAGAGAAUCGCCAUAAUCACCAUGUGAAGCCACCGAAGCAUACAACUAAAACGACCACAACGGCUGUACCUACUAUGCUUCCGUUAGUCAGUACAACAACUGGAACAACAGCUACAACUAUAGAAACAAAACCUCCUCCAAAACAUUACCCUACACCUAAAACGUUACCACCUAUCCAUACCACGACUGCUACUGUCAAACCUGUAAUAGCUACGACUCCAAAGGACAAUGGACAUGGUUUACAUACUUUGCCGACAAGCCUUCCAGAACCAAAGACAACGCCACAUGCAAAACCUAAACCAAGUCACGGCUCAGCUUCAAAAGAUUUUGACGCCUGUGGUGAAAAUGGUGAAAAGUGUAGUGCGCCCGCACCACAACCUGUCCUCGAAUCGUCAGCUGCCAUCUACGUCGUGAUAGGCAUCAAGGGAAUCGAUAGGUCAAAGGUCGACAAAAACCACGUCCUCACAGAUAAGGGGGAUGUAGUGUACGACCCAGCAUUUGAGAAGGCCUUCAAUUUCUCCCGUGGUUUUAAUAUCAACAGCACAACAUUGAGGAACCUGUGCAAACUCUGCAAACUAAUUGCAAAUAAUACAGAACUGGUCAAGCCAAACUCAGCCCAGUGCCUACCAUCAGAAAUGGAUCAUUACCUUCAGUCGAGACUCCUGAGCCCGUAUGAAGAAUGCAGAAACCUACCCAGGAAUAAGAUUGUAUAUAACCACAAUCUACCGGUCCGUGCCCUCAUGUCUUUCUCCAAAACGGGCCACGCCAUCAAAUGGAUAUCCUUUGCUUUUGAAUCGACCACCAGUAAAAGCGGAUCAUAUUUUGCGGCUUAUAAACAAUACCAAAAAUGGGAUGCGUAUCUUGAACACCUGAAGGUGACUGUGUUACCGAAAGACUCACCUCUUCAGUCUAUGUACCAGACAUCGAGAUUCUGGGCAGAUGUGUUUAAGGAGAUAGUCGCUGUAAGUAGCGCCAUCUAUGGACUCGUCCUCUCCAUGGUGAUAUGUAUGGCGGCAGUGGCAAUAUUUACUGGACAUAUUCUCUUGUUGAUCAUUGUGAUGCUCUCCAUAAUAGGAAUGAUUCUCUGUGUCAUUGGUAUCUUCUACGUGGCAGGCUGGGAGAUGGGUGCAGUGGAGGCUAUAUCUCUAUCCAUCUUGGUCGGCUCAUCAGUCGAUUACUGUGUUCAUCUGGUGGAAGGAUAUAUACUUGCGGGCAACAACCCACCCAUGCAUUCUAUGCAGAGUAGCCAGAAAUUACGACAUUGGCGGACAACAGCUGCCCUGAGUCACAUUGGCGUGUCGAUCAUCAGUAGCGCCAUCACAACGAUAGUGGCGGCAAUACCACUUACACAGACCACAAUUGAGCCGUUCGCUCAAUUCGGAUCAAUAGUUGCCAUCAACACGACGGUGUCGAUAUUUUUCACCCUGACCGUCUGUAUGGCAUUCCUGAGUUUAUUUGGGCCGGCAUUUUUCAAAUGUAACUGGAAAUCGACCGGAUUCGCCGUGCUUGGUACCAGCCUGACGAUUGGCGGAUUUGUUUUGAUUUUGUUCAUUAUCUCAAAAUGUGGUGUUCCCAUCCCUGGGCCGAAUGGGGAGAAUUUGUUCAGCUGAGAGUCUUUUUUUCUCUUCUUAAGUUUCACAUCUGUUUACCUGAGUAUCCAAGUUAUUAUGUUACCUUCUUCAAUACUGUGAACAGCCACAUUUUCACGGGUGUUUUGUUUUCACAAAAAUUGGAGGUUUACAGUAUUUCAAACAUAAUGAUUUCGAUCAUCUGUUAAUUCUUUUUUAUCCCACCAUGGUCUAAAAGAUUCUAAAUCUUUCUAUUUUUCAAAGUUAUGUCUCCGAAAGACCAGAUUAGAAUAUCAGUCGUAUAAAAGGGAUCAAGAUCUUGUGCCGAAAUCUGUUGUUUUUUUUUCGGCUUCUCAUUUGUUGCUGCCUGGAUUUAGGAACUAAAUCUCAUUUCGUUGCUGUACAUAUUUAAAACUUAAAGGAGGACUAUAGACAGAAGUUAGUGGGUCAGAUU